GCACUUGAAAGUAGGUAGUGACUUUCAUGUUGUCCGUUACACGUGGUUUGGAUAUGAUUUUUUAGUAAGUUGGUUAUUUUGUUACAAUGUCGUGUUUGUUAAAGUAUCAGAAAUAUGUUAGAAAUCUUCACAGACACAAAACUCGGACUUUUCUUGGGUUUCCCGCGCAAAUUUUGCAUUCAAGGACUUCUUCCAUGUACAAGCCUCCAAAUAACAUUACGAAAUCAAAGAAGCAGUACGAAGAACUAGUUAGACUAUUAGAAACACAUAUUAAAACAUUAAAACAGAAAGAGAUCUGCAUAAAUGAUAGAAAUUCUAAUAUUGUGAAUGGUUAUGUGCAAGAAUUUAUUGAAAGUAAUGAAAUGAAUGCAUUAGAAGCAGAAAUCAAUCCACUUUGUGAUAAUGCACAGGAUAAUUCAGUUUUUUCUCAUUCAGGUGAUAUUGUAAGUGAUAUUGAUCCAGCAAGUUUUGAUUUAGAAGUUCUAAUGCCUCCAAUCAGUAACUUAAGUGAAGAUAAUUUGUAUCAGACUUUCAGCGAAAAUCUUCAUAUUGAUAAUGACUAUAUAGAAGCAACUAAUACCAAAAUUCCAAUUGAUGAAAUUGAUCCUGAUGUAAUAAAUACGGCGAUAAGAGAAGAACUAGAAAUUGAAGAAGUAAAACUUGUAAAUGAAGAGAAGAAAAAGAAGAAAAAAUUGAAACUCAGCAAAGAUGAUGAAGAAAAGCUCACAAAGAGAAAAAUUGAGUUGAAUAUACUUGAGAAAGAAAGAGUAUUGUUAUCUGAUUUGGAAUCAUUUAUAGAAGUUUGUAUUUAUUCUAAAUUAAUUGGGAAAGCUCAUUAUACUUUAAAAUAUUAUUUUUUAAGAGGACUUAGUUCAGAUAAAUAUCCAAAAGUAAGGGAUAUAAGAGUUUUUGAUUUAUUAUUAUCUGGAUGGGCACUAAAAGGUAAUCUAUAUAAAUUUAAACAAUUGCUUGAACUAAUGAAAGAAGGAAAUAUAAAACCUAGUUUGCAAACUUAUGCCAGUUAUCUAGAAUGUUUAAGUCGUCAGAAGAUAAUCAAAAUUUCUGAUGUUGAGAAUGUUCUCCAGACUAUUAAUGAUAAUGGAUAUAAAGUUGAUGAUAUUUUUGUUCAAUGUAAGUUUAAAAAAGAUCAGAAGGAAAAGAUUACUGAAGUUAUUAAAAAAGUAAAUUCAAGUUUUGAACCCAAACCUCCUGUUUAUAUAAGAGAAUAUCAUUGUAAUCUUCUGAAAAACUUAAAUAAUAAUGAAAAAUUAACUACAUAUUCUCCAUCAGCAGGACAUACUGCUAAUGAAUUAAAAAGUUUUAUGUUAAAUCAAUUUCAGUCAGAAGUCAAUGGUAAUGUGAAGGUUAUGUCUAUCAAUAAAAAUGAAUUUAUUGAUAAAAAAACUCUGAAUGCAAGAAAUAAACUAAAAGAAAUAGAAGAAAAGUGGAAAGAAGAAAUUAAAAAAACUUUUAUUAAAAAUAGAAAGAUGCUUCAAGUUCAUUUGCUGAGAUACCGAGGUGUAAUUUUAUAUCCUUAUUUAACUGUGUUAGAUACUGAUGUUUAUGUUGGUUUGAUUAUGGAAGAAAUUCGCAAUUUAAUGGCUCUUUCAGAAAGUUUUAGUCCAUCCCUUUCAUACUUGCAUAAUGACUUGGGUCUAAAGGUAAUGAAGAGAUAUAUAGCAUGGUACAAACAACAUAAUGGAAUUGCAGACAAAUUGAUGAAACUAUACGAACAAUAUUUAGAAUAUUACACUGAUACAGAAUUGACGACAUUGUAUUCUCCAAGAGAAUAUUGGGAAAUAUUGAAAGCAAAACAUUUUAUGGGUCCUUGCAUUGAUGUACAACAUGGAGUUUGGCCUUAUCAUGUAUUAUUAGGAGUUGGAAAAUUUUUAUAUGAUAUUUUAUUAAACAGUACUAAAAUCAAUGUAAAUAUGUUUAAAACCAAAUCACAAAAACAGAUGCGUUCUGCAUUUCAUUGUGUUUUGAGAAAUUUUGGACUUCAUUCUAGACAUAAUAUAAAACCAGAUCCAAUUAUUGCAAAACUUUACAAAGAUGCAGUUAAUGAAGAAUUACAUUUUGAAACAAAUUUAUUGCCCAUGCGUUCUCCACCAUUACCUUGGACUUCAGUUACAACUGGUGGGUUUUUACUUUUAGAAUCUUCAUUAAUUCGCUUACCUCUUUCAGCUAGUUAUCAGCAUGCUAAUAUAAAGAAUACAGCUGUACAACAAUUAUAUCCUUCAUUUGAUUCGUUAAAUGUUUUGUCACUAUGUCCAUGGAUUAUUAAUAAACCAAUGUUAGAACUUGCUAUAGAAAUAUUUAAUAAUGGUGGCUCUUCUGAUCUUGAUAUUCCAAGUUAUCCAUCAGAACUUUCAACUCUUAAUUUAGAAGGAAUGACUAAAUCAAAGAAAAUAAAGUUAAAACAGGAAAGAGCAGAGAUGUAUAGUUUAUGGUGUGAUGCUCUAUAUAAGUUAUCUAUUGCAAAUCAUUUCAAAGAUGAAGUAUUUUGGUUUCCUCAUAACAUGGAUUUCCGAGGCCGUGUUUAUCCCACACCUCCUCAUUUCAAUCAUCUUGGUGGUGAUAUGACAAGAAGUAUUCUUUUAUUUGCACAAGGAAAACCUUUGGGAGAGAAAGGAUUGGAUUGGUUAAAAAUACAUUUAAUAAAUUUAACAGGAUUUAAAAAGAGAGAGCCAAUUAGUGAACGUUUACAAUAUGCAAAUGAAAUCAUUGAUGAAAUAUUAGAUUCUGCAGAUAAUCCUCUUACUGGAAAUAAAUGGUGGAUGAAAUCUGACAAGCCUUGGCAAACCUUAGCAUGUUGUAAAGAAGUUUCUUACGCAUUAAGAUCUCCAGACCAUAAAAAAUAUAUUUCACAUUUACCUAUUCAUCAAGAUGGUUCUUGCAAUGGUCUUCAGCAUUAUGCUGCUUUGGGUCGGGACCAGCAUGGUGCUGAACAAGUUAAUUUAUAUCCAUUUGAUAAACCACAAGAUGUAUAUACUGGAGUUGCUACUCUAGUAGAAAGAGAAAGAGCUAAAGAUGCACAAAAUGGUGUUAAAAUAGCACAAAUAUUAGAGGGUUUUGUAGAAAGAAAAGUAAUUAAACAAACUGUAAUGACUGUUGUGUAUGGAGUAACUAGAUAUGGUGCACGAUUACAAAUAUUAAAACAACUUAAAGACUUAAAAGAAUUUCCUCAAGAUUAUGCAAAUCAAGCUGCAUCUUAUUUGGUCCAGAAAACAUUCUUCAGUAUUCGAGAAAUGUUUACAGCUACUAGAGAAAUUCAGGACUGGUUCACAGAUUGUGCCCGAAAUAUUUCACAAAUUCGUACAGAACCAGUACAGUGGGUGACUCCUCUUGGUUUGCCAAUUAUACAGCCUUAUCAUAAAUCAACAACACACACCUGUCUUCCUAAUUGGAAAAGCAGUAAAUCAACAUACACAAUGAAAAAUAAUAUUUUUGCUCCUCCAAAUGUUCUGAAACAAAAAAAUGCCUUUCCACCAAAUUUUAUUCAUUCUUUAGAUUCUAGUCAUAUGAUGCUAACUUCAUUAUUCUGUAGAAAAGAAGGUAUUACUUUUGUUUCUGUUCAUGACUGUUUUUGGACUCAUCCUUGUGAUGUAGAGAUUAUGAAUAGAAUUUGUCGUGAACAGUUUGUUGCUUUGCAUAAUGAACCAAUAUUAGAAAAUUUAUCAGACUAUUUUUAUAAACACUAUGGAUAUCAUGAAGAAGAAAAGAUAAAAAGUAACUCUACCUUAAAUUUAUCAAAAAAACAUAUUAAUAAAUUAUUAAGAGAUAUUCCAAAGAAAGGCACUUUUAAACUUGAGAAUGUUUUAAAUUCAGUGUAUUUCUUUAGCUAAUGAAACAUGAUUUCAUUGAAUAAAGUUUAUUAUUUGAAUUGAUUUGUGUGGUUGUUAAAUUUUAUUUGAUUGAAUACUUAAUCUAUGAUUUACAGAUUUCGAUUUGCUCAGAUAGUUUUUAUUUAAAUGGUAAUAAAAAUUUUUACUCUGAUAAGGAGUAGCAUUCCAAACCUGGAUGGGAAAUGCUAGUGAUCCCUGAUAGUUCUCUGGGAAUCAUUUGAAGGUUAACACUGCAUCUUUUACCUGUGACAAAUUAUGGAAAUUAUAAUGAAUUCAA